CCCAGUCCUGCCCAGAGUCAGCAGUUCCCCUGCAUUCCCAAAAUCAAACAGCAAUAGGGCAGGACACGGCAGGCUAACUGCAGGAUAGAGCUAUGAGUCAAGUACUGCACCAUAUCAAUGACAGCCCAGCUGGAGCAAACGACAUACGGUCUAUCUAACUUCAGACAGACACAGUAUUCUUGAAGAGAUAAUGAUCUGCUCACAGACCCUGUCCCUGGGGACAGUGACCUGCUUGGUCCUAAUCUUUGGCCUCUAUGCGACCUCCCUCCCUACUGAUGCUGAUAAGGGAAGGAGGAAAGUUGUUCAUGUACUCGAGGAUGACACCGGGGCAGUGAUUGUUCAGACCGCCCCCGGUAAAGUGAUCACCCACCGGGGAGGCUCCAUUACCCUGCCCUGCCGCUACCACCACGAACCCGAGAGCUCCGACCCCAACCGCAUCCGCAUCAAGUGGACCAAGGUGACGGAUGCGCUGGUGUUUGAGGAUGUGUUUGUGGCACUGGGCCUCCAGCAGAGGGUGUUCGGGUCGUACCGGGGGCGUGUGUCCCUGGAGCAGAACGGACCAGGGGACGCCUCGGUCAUCAUCCACAACGUCACCCUGGAGGACUACGGACGCUACGAGUGUGAGGUCACCAACGACAUGGAGGACGAUACUGGAUUCGUCAACCUCGAUCUUGAAGGUGUAGUAUUCCCCUACUACCCCCGGGUGGGGCGCUACAAGCUCAACUACCACCAAGCUGAAGACGUGUGUAAGGAGCAGGAUGCCAUCCUGGCCUCCCAUGCCCAGCUCCACAAGGCCUGGAUGGAGGGACUGGACUGGUGCAACGCUGGCUGGCUGGAGGACGGCUCCGUCCAGUACCCCAUCUCCCACCCCCGGGACCAGUGUGGCCGCAAGGACACCCCCUCAGGGGUACGCAACUAUGGCUACAGACACAAAGAGGAUGAGCGCUAUGACGCCUUCUGUUUCACCUCCAACCUCAAUGGUAAGGUGUAUUUCCUGAAACGCUUUAAGAAGGUGAAUUAUGUUGAAGCAGUGAAGGCUUGCGUGCGUGACGGCUCCGUGGUGGCCAAGGUGGGCCAGCUCUAUGCUGCCUGGAAGAUCCAGCUGCUGGACCGCUGUGAGGCUGGCUGGCUGGAGGACGCCAGCAUCCGCUACCCCAUCGUCAACCCACGUACCCGCUGCGGAGGGCCCCAACCGGGGGUCCGCCACUUGGGCUUCCCUGACUUUAAGUUCCGCCUCUAUGGGGUCUACUGCUUCCGCAAGAAUGAAGAGAGUGUUAAUGGUGAUGUGGUUAAGUCAACACAGCGCCCAAGGAAGAGCAGCAAGGACAUCCCCAUGAACACCACCUCCACCAGAACCGUCUAGAGAGAGAGAGACUGAGAGGAGGGUUAAGAUCACUGCUGGAACAACAUAGCUCCAUCCAUUGCUUUAACUAAACAACAUGGAUAAACAUCACUGACAACACAUGCUAAUUUGCAGGAUUCACCACAAAAGGGAAAGUAACUGCUUUGUUCAAUUAGGGGCGGAAUCUUUAUCUUUGGGAUUUCUCCUGUCUGGUGUUAAAAGAGGUGCCAGUCAUGUUGAGAGCGUUUCACUGUCUUAGAGAGGCUUAGCUAGUAACUGCAGCUGAUCAUCAUUUCUCAGGCACAUCAAGAUUGGAAAGCCUUUCAUGAAAUAACUCCAUAGUUUACUAUGUGUCUAUUGGAGGCAUGGAGAGAGGCCACAUGCAUGAUGGGAUCUCAGACGUCACAGUGUGUUCUGUUCUCAAUGUGGCUUCAUUUCCAGAGGAAAAGGCCCUUUGCGAGAGGCACUCGACUUCGAGCAGUGCCAGCCGGAGAAAUUCAUAUUAAUUAGUGUGCAGUACAGACAGAGACAGAAAGACAGAGAUAAUUUACUAUGUCUGUCUGAGUGUAAUGAAUGUAGCACAUUAAGAGAUCCUCUCUCUCAGAGGCCUGAUUAGCAGAGACUGAUGAUGAGCUUUAAAGCAGACUACUAAUGCCUGAUCUAUCUGUGAAUGUUGCCAGUUGCCAGCAUGAUGCCCAAGCUUUGCCUGGCAUAGCAGGGCACUGCUCAGAGGUGCCCUUUGAGUUUACUGCGCCCCCAGUCGCCCGCCUCUGGGCACAAACUGGUUGAAUCAAUGUUGUUUCCACGUCAUUUCAACAACAAAAAUGUGAUCACGUUGAAUCAACAUGAAAACUGGUUAGAUUUGCAAAAAGUCAUCAACGUAAGGGAAUUCUGUAUUUUUUUCACCCAAAUUUGAACCUAAAUCCAAUGACAUUGUGACAUUUUGUGUUUAUUUCACCUUGAACUCACGUUAGUUGACAACUCAACCAAAUGUAAAUCAAAAUUAGACAUUGAAAUUGUGUGUGUGCCCAGUGAGCGGUUGCCAUGUUUGGGUAGAGCCAGGAAUGAAACGUUUCACGUCAGUAACUAACUGAGUACUGGCAUACCAUACCAGAGCUCAAUAAACAUAAUAGCGAAUAUUGCACUUAGAUAUACUUUAUGACGAAAUGGUUAGUCUAUAGCAAGCAUGUUAUACCUGGAUGUGAUUUUAGUAAUUGGGGCUGAAGCUGAACUAACUGAACUAUGUUAUAGCUGCUUUAAUAGCUGCUUAAUUACCUCAUAUUUCUAUGCAGCUAUGGCUAUCGAUUGCACACUUGUGAAAUAGCACAAUUUUAACUGUAUUGGUCAUUAUCUUGAUGCAUGAAUGUAUCUAUAGUUAGGGCUAUAUGCUGUUGCUGUGAUACAAAAGUAACAAAUGAGAUCUUGACAAUGUAGUCAAAAAAUUCUGAUUCUGUGAUAUUCUGUCUUUUCAUUUUCAUCAUCUCUACUGUGAUAUCCUAAUAAACAAAACUAAAUGAGA